UUACCCGCAAGUCGCAGUGGGCACACCCGCCGUCUCCCCGCCCCGCGUGCGCGGCAGGGGCCGCCCAUAACCAGUUCCGGGGCGGUUUCUCGGAUUGACCCGAGCUCCUCGCCCCCCCUCCGCGGCCCCGGGGGCUUUAGGAGGCCGCGGAGAGGAGGCACUGAACUGGGCUCUUGACGAGCAGCAUCUCUUAAUCCUCAGAACGUCCCGGGGAGCUCUGCAGGGUCCCACCUCCUGGGCCAUGAGUGAGCUGAAGGACUGCCCAUUGCAGUUUCAUGACUUCAAGUCUGUGGACCACCUCAAGGUCUGUCCCCGUUACACAGCAGUGCUGGCCCGCUCUGAGGAUGAUGGCAUCGGCAUCGAGGAGCUCGACACCCUCCAGCUGGAGCUUGAGACCCUGCUGUCCUCUGCCAGCCGGCGCUUGCGUGUGUUGGAAGCUGAAACCCAGAUCCUCACUGACUGGCAGGAUAAGAAAGGUGACCGGCGACUCCUGAAGCUAGGUCGAGACCACGAGCUUGGAGCUCCUCCCAAACACGGAAAGCCCAAGAAACAGAAACUGGAAGGCAAGGCGGGACAUGGGCCAGGUCCUGGCCCUGGGCGACCCAAAUCCAAAAACCUUCAACCCAAGAUCCAGGAGUAUGAAUUCACUGAUGACCCAAUCGAUGUGCCACGGAUCCCCAAGAAUGAUGCCCCCAACAGGUUCUGGGCCUCUGUGGAACCCUACUGUGCUGAUAUCACCAGCGAGGAAGUGCGCACGCUAGAGGAACUCCUGAAACCACCAGAAGAUGAGGCUGAACAUUACAAGAUCCCACCCCUGGGAAAGCAUUAUUCCCAGCGCUGGGCCCAGGAGGACCUGCUGGAGGAGCAGAAGGAUGGGGCCCGAGCGGCAGCCGUAGCUGACAAGAAGAAGGGCCUCAUGGGGCCACUGACUGAACUGGAUACCAAAGAUGUGGAUGCCCUGCUGAAGAAAUCUGAGGCCCAGCAUGAGCAGCCAGAAGAUGGGUGCCCCUUUGGUGCCCUGACACAGCGCCUCCUUCAGGCCCUAGUGGAGGAAAAUAUUAUUUCCCCUAUGGAGGACUCUCCCAUUCCUGAUAUGUCUGGGAAAGAAUCUGGGGCCGAUGGGGCGAGCACCUCUCCCCGCAAUCAGAACAAGCCCUUCAGUGUGCCCCAUACCAAGUCCCUGGAGAGCCGCAUCAAGGAGGAGCUGAUUGCACAGGGCCUGCUGGAGUCCGAGGACCGCCCUGCAGAAGACUCAGAGGACGAGGUGCUUGCUGAGCUGCGCAAGCGGCAGGCCGAGCUGAAAGCACUCAGUGCUCACAACCGCACCAAGAAGCAUGACCUGCUGAGGUUGGCCAAGGAAGAGGUGAGCCGGCAGGAGCUAAGACAGCGAGUCCGCAUGGCAGACAAUGAGGUCAUGGAUGCCUUUCGCAAGAUCAUGGCUGCACGGCAGAAGAAGCGGACUCCCACCAAAAAGGAAAAGGAUCAGGCCUGGAAGACCCUGAAGGAGCGGGAGAGCAUCCUGAAGCUGCUGGACGGGUAGCUCGCCGCCCCCCGGCUGCUGCCCUGGCCUUGGGGAGGCCCACUUCCUUCCACGGUGCCAGAAGCCGUGCCUGGGCUGCCCGUCAGAGGGGGGCAGUUUGGAGAGGACCGUGGCCUCCUAAUGUCCUCGGGCCCCCUCAGUCUAGGCAGGAUGCAGGAGGCCCUGCGAGGCUGGCCUGAAGCCCAGUUUCUGCUUGGCCUCAAGAUGGGGCUUUAUGUCUGGGGCUUCCUCUUUUCCCUCUUCCCCAUUCCUCCUUCCCUUCUUGCCCUCAAGGACUUCUGCCUUGUGGUUUUGUAAAGUGCAAA